AUGGGAACUAUUUUUUUUUCUGACUUCGUUUGUUGUGGGACAAAUUUGACUUGUAUAAACACUUUGACUGUCAUUUGUGUGAUUUUGAAUCCAUUGAAGCCUAUGUCACUGCUGUUGGGUUCUAAUCCGGUCAAGAAUCCACAAGAAGCUACAGCUGAACUAUUUGAUGCUCUUUGUGUGGACCUACAAAUCGAGGCUUUUGCCGAGUGUCUAAAAGGAAAAAGCAAAAGCAAUGACACAUUACAGACUGUGUCCGAUUUGUAUGAACAGUCGCUUCGAGACGACCAGAAUGUAAGGAUUGUGGCAACAGAUAAGGAAAUAGAGGAACUAAUGCUCAAGCUGUACAAGGAAUUGUUUGAGUUGUUAGAUGAAGCCGAAAGAUCAAAGGUUGUUCAAAUCACUAGAAAAGUGACCAUGUUAUUGGACCUAAACAAACCCCCACUGAAAGAAACACUAACCCAUAAUGUUCAGUUCAUUCUACAGGAUAUUAUUCGUGAUAUCGAACAUUAUUCGUGA